GUCAUAUUUUAAUAAUGCGUUCGCUUCUUUCAUAAGUAUGGAGUACUUACUUACUACUUAAGUAGAACCGGUUUUAUUUCUGGAAAACCCAGAUCAUCUUGAGGUCAUGGAAAUCGUAUUCAUAUGAAAAACAUAGAAAGAUAUUUUCUUUAAAUGAUAUAUAAAUUUUAAAGAAUGUCAAUACUUUCGAAUUUAUCUCGUCGUUUUCACAUGUUAACGACCGAUGCAAAACCUGAUCCGCCGCGAAUACCGAUUAAAGGAUAUACGCACAAUUUAGAAUCAAUAAACGAUAAAACAAAGAAAUCCAAUGCUACUAGAGAAUCACAAUUUACACGAAAUAAUAUAACAUCGGAAAAGAGCGAUGCAAUACCUGUCACAGGUGUUAAUUGUUCCACUAAAGGACAACAUCUGAAUGAUACAAAAAGUUCUACACAUGAUUCAAAAGAACAAAGAAGGCCGAAUAUUAAAACGAAAAAAAAACCAAAGCAACAUAAAUCUUCACACGUCAUAAAUUAUAAUAUAAUUAAUUCGAGUGAUGUAAAAAUUGGUUCAAGAACUAGUUAUAUUUGUAAUAUUAAUCAAUUUUCUAAGAAUAAGGCUGAAGAAGACGUAAGAUCAAAAACCCGCCAAAUGCCAAUAGAAGUAGAACGUUUAUGUACUUGCAGUGAUGAAAUUACUUUAGAUGAUAUAUUUACUAUUAAGACUUAUAUUGGACAUGGUUGGAAAGAUGUCGCUAGAAAAUUGCUAUAUUUGGAUGGUCAAAUUGAACAAUUCGAAGAAAAUUAUAAAUACAGAGGCAUAAAUGAAGUAAUCUAUCAAAUAUUUCUCGAUUGGAAACAAGCUAAUACAAAAGAUGCAGAAAUCGGUAAAUUGAUAAAUAUAUUAUGGACAUGCAAAGAAUACGAUUGUGUGGAACAAUUGUUAUCCGUUCGCAAAAAUUCGAUAUAAUGUUUCUUAAUAUAUGAUAUUGUAUAUAUGUAUUAGAUUUUUUAAUGAUUUAUGUUUCAGUCAUGUUUAAAAUAAAUAAUUGUUAUAUUUAUUAAUUAUAAA